AUGCCCAUGUCAUCCAAGAACCUCAACGGGCCAGGCUACAUCAUCCUCAACGGUAUCCGCGGUAUGAACAUCGUCGCUCUGCUGGCAGUCAUCACCGCCAGCAUCGUGAUGCUCGUCAAGAUCUCGACCGACACGAAGUUGUUCUUCUUCGACGCUGUCUCCCAUGUCGUCACGGCGAUCACCAGCAUGUUCCUCGUCACCUCCGAGCUCUCUCUGUUCCGUGCGUACUUCGCCCGCAACUGGCCGCUCUUGAGCCCUAGCCAUGGCUUUGUUGGGCUUGGCCUUGCCAUGAUCGUCCUAGGCGUCAACGUGAUGGGUAACCUCAACAAGCCUUCUGGGACUCAGAAAGAGCUUGGCCUACCCUUCUGGCGUAUCGUCAUCGGCUCUGGCAUCAUCGUCUUCAUAUUGGGCUGGAUCAACCUCAUCGCUAGCUACGUCUUCCGCAAUCGCGAGCAAGGCACCACUGCACGUCAAGUUCGUGCCAAAGGCGCCUCCGUUCAGAAGACGCCGAUUGUCAGCUCUACUACCGGCUACAACAGCCCGCCCGCACCGUACCUUGCUCAAUCAUACCGCUCCAACUCGAGCUCCUCAUCGCCUGUCAAAUCCCACAACCCUUUCAGCUCUAGGAGCUCAGAGCGCCGCGACUCCUGGCUGCCGUCCUACAACAUCGCCGCCGCCACCGCCGCAGUUUCGAGAGACUCCUCCGUCUACAAGCAGGAUCGUCCAGGCUCGCCCACUAGCAGAUACUCUCGCGCUACAGCAUGCACCAAGAAAAAGUUCUUCGGUGCCGGUGGUAUUCUCGGCAGACAGAGUCUCGCUCCUCCGCUUCCAGACAACCCACAGCAGCAAGAGCGUGAGAUGGAAAUCUCGGCACCAAUGGGCGUCAACCCGCAGUUCGCCCACCUCGUUCAGAGGCCUGAUAGUGCGCUGCACCCAGCUCGCUCGGGGGAGAGCCAGGCGUAUCGGUGGAGAGUAUGA